AUGCCUGGCGACGAUCCUGUGUGCGACAAUUGUGCUUCUGCCGUUGCUCUAACCUGCCCACAAUCCAACGUCUGUGACUUCAGUCGCCUGAAAAAAUUGAAAAACGGUGCAUCGUGUUCGACGUAUUCAUGUUCGGAAGGUCAGAUGUAUGCCUAUGUCAACCUGCAGUCUACUCAAGUGGAUGGCGCGGUCUGCGACCGCGAUAGUCAGCUGGUCUGGAAGACAAUUGAUGGCCAGACGUAUGGCAAAACUUUACAAGCCACUUGCGCCUUCCCUUGCACGACAUGCACUUCUCUAACACCCGUCACUACGCCAUGUCCUGUCAACUACGACUGCUCUAAUACCGGAAUUGAAGAGCCACUCACGUACUCGGUAGAUUCGCGUGGUUGUACUUCAGUCACAUGUACUGUUGGUCAGAUGUUCAAUUCCGGUCAAAAACUUGAGAAAGCCACAUGUCGAGAUGGUGAUUUCGUUGUCGCCACAACGACUGUCACACAAGUCGCUUGUGGACUACCCUGCAAUGCAUGCACCAAGCUAACCAACACCGGCCUUACAUGUCCCACUGGACACACUUGUACUACAGUAUCUCAGCGUGCAGGUCAGUGCCCUGAAGCUUACUGCCCGGCUGGCAUUAUGACUGCUGAUGGAGUAGUGGUUGACACUUUAAAGUGCAAUACUCAAGGACAAUGGGUGGAUGCUGCCGGUACAGUAUAUACAGCGGCACAAUGUGAAUUAUCCUGUGACCUGUGUACGGCUCUCACGAGCGACGGCAUGCCAUGUCCUACUGGUCUGAUUUGUGAGCCUGCAACGGAAAGAGAAGGAACAUGUAAAGAAAUGUACUGCCCUGAAGGUGAUAUGACUGGAAAUACAGAACGAACAGGGCUGACAUCUUUAACAUGCAGUGGAGGCAGUGUGUGGAUUGAUGGGUUGGACACUGUUUACACAAGCGCACAGUGUGAAAUACGAUGCGAUCAGUGUAGUGCGCUAACAAACAACGGUAUGACAUGCCCGACAGGAUUUGUUUGUGAGGAGGUAACCUUACAGGCAGGACAGUGUCCAAACGUGGCAUGCACUACCGGGACGAUGAAGGCAAAUCCCGGAAACGUCGAAGUGGAUUCCCUGACCUGUGAUGGAUCAGCCCAAUGGGUAGACGACCAGGAGACUGUUUUCACUGCAGCUCAAUGCGAAUUGCCAUGCACUGAGUGUACUGCGCUCACAAACACCGGGAUGGAUUGCCCAAAAGGUUUUAUCUGUGAAGUGGCUACGACCCGUGAAGGGCAAUGCUCAGAAAUAUUCUGUGAAACUGGCAGUCUGACAGGAAAUACUGAGCGCACUCCUUUGACGCUUUUGACUUGCAACGCAGAUGCUGAAUGGAUUGAUACCCAGGACGUCGCAUAUACACUAGCUCAAUGCGAAACACCUUGCGAUCAAUGCCCUGCUCUGACGAACACUGGUAUGACAUGCCUUCCGGGUUUCGUCUGCACGCCUGUAACGAUCAACAACGAUGGACAAUGCCCAACAGCUUCCUGUGCCACCGGUCUCAUGACGGCUGGAGAUGGACGGACAACGGUGACCUCGCUGUCCUGCAAUGGCUUAGCUCAGUGGGUCGAUGCAGAGCAGACAGUUUAUACGAAAGCUCAGUGUGAAACAGGUUGCACAUGCCCUCCACUGCCUAUUUCCCCGGCUCCUCGUCUGGAACCAAAUUCACGUGGAAAUCCAUUAGGAACGGAUGCCAACGGCUGCUCGAUAUUGACGCAACAAUGCACACAAAACGACCUGUACAGGCUAGUCACCGACGACGGCAUCGUCACCCUACAGCCACCAGCAGCUCGAAACACGGAAAUGAAAUGUGUUGGUGGCGAAUGGAAGGCAACAAUCAACGGUGUCGAGACAACUGUUCGAGAACAGGCUUGCUAUAUUGCCUUCACUUGCACGUUCUGUGGAAAUGUGAAUGCUGGUCCUGGAGUAACUAUAACACUCGAGUACGAUCCAACAACUUGGUGUAAAAAAUACACGUUGAGCGGAUGCCCUCAAGGAUACAGAAUCGGCCAGAAUCUCAUCACUGAUGUUCUCACAUGCGAUCGUUUGCUGAGAUGGACAAGUGGUUCGUACACCAGCCGUCCUACACAAGGAGUUACAGUAAACUGCCGACAAGUUGCCAGUGGUUAA